AUGAGAACAGAACAAGCCACUUGCGGUCAGAUUGACGGCCCCAGUUACGAAGAUUUGUGCAAGCAGGCAAAGACCCACCACGACCGGUUCCGACGCUUAGGCGAGCUGGAUGACAUCGAGAAGGCAAUCGAGUACGGAAAUCGCGCGCUGAGCCUGACCCCGGAAGAGCAUUCGGACACUCCAAACCGGUUGACUUGUCUAGGAAACUAUUACAACGAUCGGUACCGGCGUCUCGGAAAGCUAGAAGACAUGGAGAAAUCGUUCAAUUGCCGAAUGCGUGCGCUGGGAUCGACCAGUGAAAACGAUGCGGAGCUGCCAGUUCGGAUGGGUGAUGUAGGGAGAUCAUAUACAGUGCGAUAUCGGCGCCUAGGAGAUGUGGACGACCUGGAAAAAUCGCUUGAGCACAAGUGCCGGGCGCUGACCCUCAGUCCAGGCGACCACCCUGACCUAUCAGACCGGCAUGCUGAUCUAGGGGUGUCAUACGCGGCUCGAUACCAGCGGAUGGGAGACAUGUUUGACUUGGAGAAAGCGAUCGAAUGCCACUCUCGCGCACUGGCACUCACCCCCAGCGACCACCCUGACCUGCCAGGCCGGCAUGCCGCUCUAGGGAUCUUAUACACAGAUAGGUACCAACGGGUGGGAGACAUGGUCAACCUGGAGAAGUCAAUCAAAUACAACUCUCGCGCAUUGGCACUGACUCCCAACGGCCAUCCUGACCUACCGGGCCGACAUGCUGCUCUAGGGGUGUCAUGCGCGGUUCGAUACCGACGGAUGGGAGACAUCGCUGACCUGAAAAAGUCGGUCGAAUACAACACCCGCGCACUCAUGCUUACUCCCAUCGGCCACCCUGACCUGCCAAGCCGUCAUUCAGCUCUAGGGGCGUCAUACGCGGUUCGAUACGAGCGGAUGGGAGACAUGGCUGACUUAGGGAGAGCAAUCGAAUGCGACACCCGCGCACUCAUACUCACUCCCGAUGGCCACCCUGAUUUACCAGGCCGGCAUGCCGCUCUAGGGAUCUCAUACGGCUAUCGAUACCAACGGAUGGGAGACAUGGCCGACCUGGAGAAGUCAAUCAAAUACAACUCUCGCGCAUUGGCACUGACUCCCGAUGGUCACCCUGAUCUGCCAGGUCGCCAUGCCGCUCUGGGAGUGUCAUACACAGAUCGAUACCGACGGAUGGGAGACACGGAUGACCUGGACAAAGCUAUUGAAUAUGAUUAUCACGCACUCAUACUUACUCCCGACGGUCACCCUGACCUGCCAGACCGGCAUGCCGCUCUGGGGGUGUCAUACACGGAUCGAUACCGGCUGAUGGGGGACAUCGCUGACUUAGGGAAAGCAAUUGAGUGUGACACUCGCGCACUCAUACUUACCCCCGAUGUCCAUCCUGACCUGUCAGGUCGGCAUGCCGCUCUGGGGGUGUCAUACACAGAUCGAUACCGGCAGAUGGGAGACAUAGCUGACCUGGGAAAAGCGAUCGAAUGCGACACUUGCGCACUCAUACUCACACCCGAUGGCCACCCUGGCCUGCCAAGCCGGCAUGCCGCUCUGGGGGUGUCAUACAGCGAUCGAUACCAACGGAUGGGAGAAAUCACUGACCUGGAGGAAGCCAUCGAAUGCCACUCUCGCGCACUGGCACUGACUCCCAACGGCCAUCCCGACCUGCCAGGCCGUCACGCCGCUCUAGGGGUGUCAUGCAUAGAUCGAUAUCGGCGGAUGGGAGACAUGACUGACCUGGAGAAGUCGAUUGAGCACUUGUCUUUUGCACACACUCUCACCCCUGAUGGCCAUCCGCAUUUACCUUUGAGACACUAUCAAAUGGCUAUAUCUCGUCAUCAUCAGUAUCAGCACACAGGUCACCCAUCCCACCUCCACGCCUGCCUCACUUCCUUUCGUCGAUCCUCGAGAUUAUCAUCCGCAGCGCCGCGCGAGGUGUUUGAUUAUGCUCUUCGCUGGGCGAACCUCGCGUCUCAGUACAGCUACCUCAAUCCCCUCGAAGCUUUCCGUGCGGCUCUCGAUGUUCUUCCUCAUUUCAUCUGGCUUGGUGCCACUAUUGCUCAGCGGUAUGCCAACUUGGCCCUAACUGAGAACCUGGCUAUAAGAGCAGGUGCUGCUGCCAUCCGAUCCUCGGAGUAUGGCACAGGUCUUGAGUGGCUGGAGCAUGGACGGUGUAUCGUUUGGAACCAGACCCUGAUGCUUCGGUCUCCACUAGACGACCUUGAAGCAUACCACCCAGCCAUCGCUGCUCGGCUUUCUUGGGUCUCGAAGCAGCUCGAUCAAGCCAACUCGGGGGCUCCAGCCUCUAGAUUGGACAACGCCGCUCCGGAUCCCCGAUAUCGUUUGGCCAGAGAAUAUAAUGACUUGUUGACACAAGCUCGCUCGUUGCCCGGAUUCGAGGGCUUUUUACGGCCCCCAAAGGCCAUCGGUCUGAUGCGAGUGGCCCGGCACGGACCUGUGGUUGUGAUCAACUGCUCCAAGGACGACUGCGAUGCGCUUGUGAUAAUGCCUGGACAAGAUCGUGUUGGCCACGUCUCCCUCCCUAGUUAUACCGAAUCUAAAGCAACUCAUGCUCGGUCAGAGAUAGAACAGCUGCUGCACAACAAGGGGCUUCGAGAGCGCGGGUUCAGGCUCAAGGGCGGCCGGGUACAACAGCCUGAUCCGGACGUAGGACUGGUGUUAGCGGAUCUAUGGAAGUGCGUCGUCAAGCCGGUGCUUGAAUAUCUAGGAUACCUGACCAAUCAUACAGUCGACCAAAUGCCGCAUAUCACGUGGUGCCCUACCGGCGCACUCACCUUCUUGCCGCUGCAUGCUGCUGGUGACUACGACCAGCCAGGAUCAAGAGUGUUCGACCAUGUUAUAUCAUCAUACACCCCCACACUUACUGCUCUGCUCGCCUCUGCUCCGACAGUCCCACAUCGUGCCCCUCGUGUGCUUGCUGUUGGGCAGAUGGCUACGUCCGGCUACAGUCAGCUGCCAGGUACGGCCAGGGAGCUUGCGUCCAUCAGGGCUCACACGCACAAUCGAGCCGACUACUCACAGCUCAUUGGCAGUAAGGCUACUGCGACGGCUGUACUUGACGCAAUGGAGGAGCACGACUGGGUGCACCUCGCCUGCCACGCUCAUCAGAACGUGACUGACCCGACCAAGAGCGGGUUCUUUCUGCAUGGCGGCAGGUUGGAUCUCGCUGCCAUCACCCAACGAUCAUUCAAGAGCAAGGGACUGGCGUUCCUAUCGGCAUGCCAGACGGCGACAGGGGACGAGAAGCUGCCUGACGAAGCGAUCCACCUUGCGUCAGGGAUGCUGAUGGCGGGGUACCGGAGCGUGAUGGCGACAAUGUGGUCAGUGAUGGACGAAGACGCGCCGGUGGUGGCCGACAUGGUGUACUCGCAGCUAAUGAAGGACGGGAAGAUAGGGAGCGGGGAGGCGGGGAGAGCGCUGCACGCUGCUGUUACGAAACUGCGUGAGAAGGUGGGAGAGCGAAACAUUGCGCGAUGGGUGCCGUAUAUACACAUUGGGUCAUAG